CCGGCGCCGCGCGCGGGGGAAGCUGGCGGGCUGAGGCGCCCGGCUCUCCUCCUUUUCCCGGGCCGCCCCUCUGCCCCGGGCCUGCGAGGCCGCGCGUCGCCACCUGAGAGAUGAUGCAGGACGUGUCCAGCUCGCCAGUCUCGCCGGCCGACGACAGCCUGAGCAACAGCGAGGAGGAGCCGGACCGGCAGCAGCCGCCGAGCGGCAAGCGCGGGGGGCGCAAGCGGCGCAGCAGCCGGCGCAGCGCGGGCGGCGGCGCGGGGCCCGGCGGGGCCGCGGGCGGGGGCGUCGGAGGCGGCGACGAGCCGGGCAGCCCGGCCCAGGGCAAGCGCGGCAAGAAGUCUGCGGGCGGCGGCGGCGGCGGCGCCGGGGGCGGCGGCGGCAGCAGCAGCGGCGGCGGCAGCCCGCAGUCGUACGAGGAGCUGCAGACGCAGCGGGUCAUGGCCAACGUGCGGGAACGCCAGCGCACGCAGUCGCUGAACGAGGCGUUCGCCGCGCUGCGGAAGAUCAUCCCCACGCUGCCCUCGGAUAAGCUGAGCAAGAUCCAGACCCUCAAGUUGGCGGCCAGGUACAUCGACUUCCUCUACCAGGUCCUCCAGAGCGACGAGCUGGACUCCAAGAUGGCAAGCUGCAGCUAUGUGGCCCACGAGCGGCUCAGCUACGCCUUCUCGGUCUGGAGGAUGGAGGGGGCCUGGUCCAUGUCCGCGUCCCACUAGCAGGCGGAGAUCCCCACCCCCUCGGCAGGGCCGGAGACCUAGAUGUCAAUGUUUCCAGAGAAGGAGAAAAUGGACAGUCUAGAGACUCUGGAGCUGGAUAAC